CCAUGCCUCUACACUCACAACAUUCAGAUUUCGAUUCGACUUACUUUUAAAACGUACAGUUCCGAUCCGAUGUUUUCUUCUUCUUCUUUUAGCUUCCUGUUGCAGAGCGAAUACAGCCAAAGUAUUUCGCCACCAUGAAGUUCAAUCCUAUGGUGUCAUCCUCACGUAGGAAGGCGCGCAAGCGUCAUUUCUCCGCUCCUUCCCACAUCAGGAGACGCCUCAUGUCUGCUCCUCUUUCCAAAGAAUUGAGGCAGAAGUACAAUGUCCGAACCAUGCCCAUCAGAAAAGAUGAUGAAGUGCAGGUGGUCAGAGGCCACUACAAGGGUCAGCAAGUUGGAAAGGUCGUCCAAGUAUACAGAAAGAAGUUUGUUAUCUACAUUGAAAGGAUACAAAGAGAAAAAGCCAAUGGCGCCAGUGUAUAUGUUGGCAUCCAUCCAUCCAAGACGGUGAUUGUAAAGUUGAAGAUGGACAAGGACCGCAAGAAGAUCAUUGAAAGACGAGCCAAGGGACGUGCAGCAGCUCUGGGCAAGGACAAGGGAAAAUACACUGAGGAAACCACAACAGCUAUGGAGACCUCAUAAACUAUUUUAUAAAUAAACAUUUUAUUGUUUA